GGGACAGGGUUGUACUCGUCCACAGUUAAGCACAGGAUGAGACUGUCAGUGUAGUUCUUUUUUGCUGAUGUGGACGGCUGCUUAGACACAGAUGUUAUUAGUUUGGUAGCAGAAAGCCAUGGAAGUUACUUCGCUUUAGUUUACUUUGGACUAAAUGGUGUGGGAGGUUUGCACUGACCCACAAACCUUCAACUCUGCUUUGCAGGUUUGGUUUCUCCUGGAGCCGGACUCUAAUUUUGGCUUUUGACCCUAAGCACAGGAAAGAGUACAAGACCUGCUGAGCAGUCUUCUGGUUUCUAUGGAGAUACUGGACAUCAGGAGCUUUUUUUAAAUAAAUAUUUUUAUUUUCUGUCUUAUCUUGGAACACACCUGGCGUGCAGAGUUUUCACAGCGGAGGUGUGUUUUUAACCGACCCGUUUGGCCUCCUUUGCCCCGGGGACCAUGGCAUCUCUGUGGAGCAGUAUUGUGAUGCUGGUUCUGCUCAGGACAGAGCACAGCGAAGCCCAUCAGACCAAGAAUAAUGUCCCUCGGCUAAAACUCUCAUAUAAAGAUAUGUUAGAAUCUAACAAUCUCGUGACAUUUGAAGGGGUGGAUAACAGUUCAUCUUACCACACCUUCCUCCUAGAUGAGGAGAAAGGAAGACUUGUGGUUGGAGCCAAGGACCACAUCUUCUCCUUCAACCUUCUCAACAUCAGCAAAGACUAUACACAGAUCCCUUGGUUAGCUUCUUCCACCCGGAGAGAUGAGUGCAAGUGGGCAGGAAAAGAUCUCUCGAGGGAAUGCUCAAACUUCAUCAAAGUGCUGCAGCCUUUCAACCAGACCCAUCUUUAUGUCUGUGGAACAGGAGCCUUUCACCCCGUGUGUGCUUACCUGGAGGUCGGCAAAAAAUCAGAGGACAGUGUUUUCAGACUGGGGCCUCACACAGAAAAUGGGCGCGGAAAGAGUCCUUACGAUCCCAAACUCGUCACUGCUUCCAUGCUAAUUGAUGGAGAAUUAUACGCUGGGACAUCAGCUGACUUCAUGGGGAGAGACUUUGCAAUCUUCCGCACUCUUGGUAAACAUCAUCCAAUCAGGACAGAGCAGCAUGACUCCCGCUGGCUAAAUGAUCCCAGGUUUGUGGACAUUCAUCUGAUUCCAGAGAGCGACAACCCAGAAGAUGACAAGGUCUACCUGUUCUUCAGGGAGAACACUAUGGAUGGAGAGCAUGCUGGGAAGGCCACACACGCUCGCAUCGGUCAGCUCUGCAAAAAUGACAUCGGAGGCCACAGGAGUCUGGUUAAUAAAUGGACCACCUUCUUAAAAGCUCGGCUUAUUUGCUCUGUGCCUGGCAGUAAUGGAAUUGAUACACAGUUUGAUGAACUGCAGGAUGUUUUUAUCAUGAGCACAAAGGAUCCAAAGAGUCCGAUCAUCUAUGCAGUGUUUACCACAUCAAGCAACAUUUUCAAAGGAUCAGCUGUGUGUAUAUACAGUAUGACGGACAUCAGGAGAGUCUUCCUUGGACCUUAUGCUCACAGAGAUGGACCCAGCUACCAGUGGGUGGCUUUUCAGGGACGUGUACCCUAUCCAAGACCUGGCACAUGUCCGGGCAAGACUUUUGGAGGAUUUGAUACAACCAAAGACCUUCCAGAUGAGGCUGUAACAUUUGCCAGAAGCCAUCCAGCCAUGUUCAAUCCUGUCUACCCGAUUAAUAAUCGACCAAUCAUAGUCAAAACAGAUGUGGCCUACCAAUUCACCCAGAUAGUGGUGGAUAAAGUGGAAGCAGAAGAUGGCCAGUAUGAUGUCAUGUUCAUAGGCACAGAUAUGGGAACGAUUCUGAAAGUGGUGUCAAUCCCCAGAGGAUCAUGGCAUGACCUUGAAGAAGUCCUACUCGAAGAGAUGACUGUAUUCAGAAAGCCAACAGCUAUAACAGCUAUGGAACUUUCAACAAAACAGCAACAACUAUACCUGGGCUCAGAUAUUGGAGUGUCACAGAUGACUUUGCAUCGGUGUGAGGUUUAUGGAAAGGCCUGUGCUGAAUGCUGCCUGGCCAGGGACCCGUACUGUGCGUGGGAUGGUACAGAGUGCUCCAGAUACUUCCCCAUGGCUAAGAGGAGAACAAGGAGACAGGACAUCAGGAAUGGAGAUCCACUCACACAGUGCUCAGACCUACAGCAUCACGAUGAACUAAGCGGCCAAACAACUCUACUGGUUAAGACUGUCUAUGGUGUGGAGAACAGCACUACUUUUCUUGAAUGUAGCCCCAAGUCUCAGAGAGCCCUAACCUACUGGCAGUAUCAGCACUCUGCCGAUGGUCACAAGCAAGAGAUCAGAGCAGAUGAACAUUUCAUCCACACUGACCAGGGCCUGCUGAUACGCACACUUACAAAGGAGGACUCUGGGAUAUAUCUGUGCCACGCUGUGGAACAUGGUUUCAUGCAGACUCUCCUGAAGGUAACCUUAGAAAUCAUCAACACCGACCGUCUGGAGGAUCUUCUGCAUUGUGACCAAGAAGCCUCCUCCCCUCCUCGAGAAACGCCCAAUCAGAAGCUGUGGUACAGAGACUUCCUGUCUUUGGUGAACCACCCCACGCUGAACACCGUGGACGAGUUCUGCGAGCAGGUGUGGAAGCGGGACAGGAAGCACCGGAGGCAGAAGGCUCACCUGGUGCAGCAUGUCCCAACACAGCAGCAGCAGAAGGUUGUCGCGAACUCUCACAGCCAUGUGCACACCCACGGCCUGACAGCCAAGUGGAAACACCUGCAAGAGAAACAGAAGGGACGCAAUCGCAGGACCCAUGAACUGGAGAGGGCGCCACGCAGUGUCUGACCUCAGCAUUAAACCACACACAGUUUCCAUCCUGAAUAACUUUCCCAUUUUUACCCCAAUCUCAGUGAGAAUUGUUAUGUGGGGACACUGAGAAGAAACUGGAAUAAAGAUUUUUCUGCAUUAUGGGUGUGGGCACCCAUGAUUGCAGUAGACUCAUACAGAUCAAUGUGGGAUUCACGAUAUUGUGUGACACAAAAAAACAACAAAAAAAAAACAAACAAAAAAAAACAAACAAACAUAUUAUGUGACCUGGGCUUUGGGAACUGCAAUGGGACAGUGUCAGCCAGCUCACCAAGUGGAUACCUACAAACAACUGACAUUGGUGUUGCUAAUGUUGAGAUGUUAUCUGUGUAUACUUUGGUGUUGUUAUCAAUGUGCAACUAAAUAUAUAUGUUAGCAAACUUGAGACAUUCAUUUCUGAUAUCAGAUAAGGAAUUUGGCAGUGGGAUUUGUGGGUGGCGGUGGUGGGGGUUAAUCAGAUUAUGUUCCAAGCACAAAUUAAGCAAACAUCAUGGAAAGCACAACAUAGGAGAAGUAUCUUUAGGGGUGCAAUGAGUUUUCAUCUUGGGUUUAGCCACUGGCCAGUAGAUGUCACCCUCAUAGUGCUUAGUUUAGUGUUUUGGAGAGUUCUUUCAUUUCCAGUAUUUUUCA